GUGUAAGAUAAUAGGUCACGGCCCAUUAAGUUUGAAAUUUUCGUGGCCGAAACGAGACAUUUUUUGCAAUUUUGUGGCGCUUAUAAUGACGAUAUGGAUUGGACCACGAUCAAGGUCUCGACUGAGCCCGCGGCCAGUUAGUGUGAUGUCAUAAUGACAUCAUCGGGAAGUGUUGCGGCCCUAGUCGGACGCGGACCCGUUGCGAGCGGCUCAAAACUACUUUUCUAGUGUAUCAUCCUGUCUGUCGCUAAUUCAAACUACCGCCAUUGCCAUCGUCAUAAUGCUUCUCCGUGCCGAUCAUAAGUUGGUCUCCUCAAAUCAAUAGAAGCUGACGUCAAGUGGGUGCCGAGGGCGCUAUCAACGCUGCGGAGGGGGGCCGUGCACUUGUAACUUGGCUAGUAGUGUUAUGUAUCCGCGCAAGUAGGUUUGCGAACUGUUGGUGUUUCGUGAUCAACCGAUCUGUGCAGCGUUACAUUCGACGUUGAACGCGUUGGAUAAUGGACGAAAUUACUUUUAGAGCGGAUAAAUUAUGAAAGAACUCUUUUCCUUGGUUUCAUCUGCAUCAUCAAUUUGGAACAUAAUAAAAGAUUACUGACGUUUGAAGAAACCGCCGACGUUCCUCGCCGUAACAGUUACGCUAAAAAGCGCUCGCGGCUCUGGCCAAAAUCAUUACUAGACACGAGUUUCACGUACGCUUUUCAAAAUUGCUACCAUGGGUCGUAAAAAAAUACAGAUAUCCAGAAUCACAGACGAACGGAAUCGACAGGUAACCUUCAACAAGCGAAAAUUUGGUGUAAUGAAGAAGGCGUACGAAUUGUCCGUUCUGUGCGACUGCGAAAUCGCCCUUAUCAUAUUUAGCAGUAGUAAUAAGCUGUACCAAUAUGCCAGUACCGACAUGGACAAGGUUCUUCUUAAAUACACAGAGUACAACGAGCCACACGAAUCGCUCACCAAUAAGAACAUUAUCGAGGCACUUAAUAAGAAGGAGCAUAAAAACGGAGUUAUGAGUCCCGACAGUCCAGAACCAGAGACGGAGUACCAGCUAACACCAAGGACCGAGGCAAAGUACAGCAAGAUCGACGAGGAAUUUCAAAUGAUGUUGCAACGUAACCAAAUAAACGGCCAGAGGCAGGUCAGUAUGAGUGGAUCAAAUUAUACACAGCCCGUUUCCGUGCCAGUUAAUAUAAGCUAUGGAGAAUCAGGUCUUCUACAGUCUAGUCCACAAAUGGCACACACGAGCAUCAGCCCGAGACCGUCAUCUUCCGAAACUGACUCGGUCUAUCCCAGCGGUGGAAUUCUAGAGAUGAGCAACGGAUAUCCUAACUCGGCGUCGCCGAUGGGCGGGUCGCCAUCGCCGGGGCCCAGUCCCGGUCCGGGAUUAAGUUCCUCCAAACAGCAGCAUAACAAGCAGCAUUCUCCGGGACCACGUUCCAAUUUGAGAGUGGUCAUUCCUACACCUUUGGGACCGAGCCUGUCUUCGGAUGAAGUGUCGUAUAGCGAAUAUGUAUUCCAGCAUAAUCGGACACAAUCAUCACUGAAUACUCCUGUGGUGGCCUUGCAGACUCCCGGGCUUUCCAAUUAUUCUGGAAGCGGACUGUCGUCGUUUGGCGCUCAAGAUUUCAGCAUCGCGCCCGAUAUGGGAUUGGGUCCCAUAUCUUGGAGCGGCCAUCAAAUUCCGACUUCACUCGCCCACAACAGUGGAUUGCCACACCUGGCAGUCUCCAGCAGCACUCCACCUCCUUCUUCAUCUCCACUACCUGUUAAAAUCAAAAGCGAGCCCAUAUCACCACCGCGAGAGCAUCAUUUACACUUGGGUGCCGGUCUACAUCAUCCUCAGACACACAGCCUUAAUUUGACCCAGAGUCACCAUCCGCGACCCAGUUCGGCGGGGCAGUUAACACCAACUCCGGGAAGCGUGACACCAACCAAUCUACCGUCACCUCCGGGACCACCGAGUAGUGCAGGUGAUUAUGAUAACGGACCAAUGCUCAAAAGGUCGCGCCUCGCGGAUGGUUGGCCUUCUUAGACGCGUAUGAAACACUCAAGUGCCAUAGUGAUAUGCAGAGUGGUUUUCCAAACAUGCUUUUUGCCAAUGGUCAUCCAUGUGAUAAACUCAAGAGUCAAGUAGAACAAAUAAAGUAAAAUAUUUUAUCGAAAAUUGUAGUAAUGCAUCAGUGAAUGACUUUUCUUUUUGUAGAAACUUAAACAAGAUUUAUAUUAGAGUGAAUUAGUGUGAUGAGAGUGUGCGGUUUCAGUCAGCGACGGCAAUUGAGCUGUCGCCACAUCAGUUUUCAUCUGAUAAAAAAACAUAUACAUAUAGUGCCAUUAUUUUCUUGUAAUUGUUAGUGUCUUUUUUAUAAAUGUUUUUAGAUAAACAACAUAUUAUUUGUAUUGUACUUGUUAAUUUAGCCUGGAUGCAGUCACUAACAUGAGACUAAGCAGGAUAUUUCUUGUAUUGUACUGGUGCUUUCCCUGACCUGACCUGAUCGAAUGUACUCUGUCAACUGGCUGUUACCGCGGGCGGGUGAAAACGUCCAGCCGCCUGUUCAUCUGUGUUAAUUGUACUGCUUCCCUGAUGGAACCUACGGUGUUCAUUGUUGUAGCCUUUUCAAUUUGUUUGUGAUUUCAGAGUACGAUAUCUAUUCUGUAUAUUACCUACACGGAUUAAAUUAUUAUACAUUAUAUAAUAUACAUAUAUUUUAUCUACUGUUGUGUGCACAAUCCUUGCACAUAGUUUUGAAGUUUAUGUCCGGGCCAAACCCGGCUAUCCGUGUUCGGCGGAUAACCCUAUCUCCACUACACUACUGUAGGAAUGCCUUACUCACAGUGCCUCGACAAUAUGUGUAUGUAAUCUAUUCAUGUACUGCAUCACUGGAUGUCUCAAAUCAUCGUAAGCCCGUUCGCAGCCUCCGUGUAGUUACAAUGUCAAUUCUUCACAGGGUAAAAAAUGCUGCAUCUAUCGGUGCGAGCCGGGUGGACGAUGGGUGCCGCUGCUUGUGCCUUCUUGUCAAAAACCCAUAAACCUUUCCGGUCCCGAAUUGGCUUCCGUGUUAACUGCACCACUGUUCUUCUGUAUGUAUGUUCUCAUCGUUUAUAAGCAUUGUCGAAUUGUCAGUUGACAUAAUUUUUGUUAGAGUCUUACCCCAGUGGAAACAUUGAGCCUGAAUUUUGAAUGGACGAAAUACCCAGCUACAUUAUGUAAAUAUGUUCCCUUUGUUGUAGCUUUGCCAGUGAUAAAACUAGUUUUUUUAUCAGUAUGUUGUUAUUAUAUUAAUAAAAAUCCAUAUCCACGGCAUAUAUUGCGUCCAUUUAACUUGGGCAUUUUCAAUCAUGUGCAAUAUUAAUCUGAAGUUUAUUUAUCUAUGAUGUAUUAAAUUUAAACCAAAUAAAAUUGUUUGUUACAUUA